GUUUUUAGGGCAUGGGAUAUUUCCAGAUUGUAAACAUCAUUCAUUGUGCCGAUCUAGCUAGCUUAGAUUGCUCAUUAUGGCACAGUGACCCAGAAAUAGACGUGAUCCGAGUUUGGGUGGGUGUCUCAAUGUCGUUUUGACUUUUCCUCUGGACGUGAUAUGAAAGUGAGGAUAUUCGGGGAAAUCGCCAGCUAUUUCCACGUUCCCUUUUUUUUACACACGCUGAGUGUGCUCCACUGUUAGCUGAUUAGCUGAGCUAUAGGAAUUUUACUUUGGUGGUGAAACGUGGUCAUAUGAUGUAACUCCACACCGCCGUAUAUUUAAUAGAUUAAUUACCAAAACGUCUUACGUGUUUGAAGAAGGUACGUGUUUGGAGAGAAAAAAGAAUGUCCAUUACAGUAAAUAUUGCAUAACAUCCGCAGUCACAGAAUUUGCUGGCAAGCCCAAGGGGGAGGGGGAGCCGAUCACGCUUAUUUUAUAACCCUGACACAAUGAAGAUAUCUGGGGCAUGGACAUGACGAUGUUUAUCCAGCCGUGCACGUCCAAGCUCAGCCUCACUUCUCGUCUGUUUGCGCCGACGCCGUUUUGCACCCCAACCAGUGACAAAAACUUUUCCAGCCCGGUUUAAAACUUAAGCAUUGCCUUCGUCAUAGCACGAGUCUGAAAUAUAUUAAAUUUAAUAUUUUUUUAACUAUAUAUAUUUUUUUCUUACAUAUUGGAUGCGUAUUAGUAUUAUAUUAGGUUUUACUCUGUUGCAGGAAUACAUGGGUUUAACUAGGCUGUGUAAAAGAAGAGCAGGUGGGGAAAAAACUAACAAAAAACCCUAAAUGAAGAGCCGAUGGGAAUAUUGUGGUUUUCCUUUUGAUGGCGUUUUGGCUUUCCUCAUUUGAGGCUUGGUGCAUAGCCCCGUAUUUUCCUUUCAUGUUGUUGUUCCUGCUCAAACACGUGUGAUGGGGAUAGCAGGAGCCGCAUUCCUUUGUUCACGGGAGCCUCCUGCCGGCGAACGCCGAGCUGCCAGGCCGGGACCCGGGACCGGAGAGGCCGCCCAGCUGCUCCUUAGUCUUGUCGAUGGCACGGAAAUUAAGCUGCGCCGCGUUUCCUUAUAUCAAAACCCGAACCUGGCGCAGUGACGGGCGCGUUUUUUCUUUUUAUUGCAUCGAUUAAUAUUAAGUUUGAUUGGGGAUCGUUGGGCAACUUAAAUUAACCGGUGCAUGAAGUCGAAGGUCGUUUCACAAGCCUAGUAUUUUUUCCUUCUUGUUCACCUGGCCGGGAUGUUAGCAGAAUCAGCAUUUUGCCACGUUUUGUUUUCGGUACUAGGAUCAAUGGGACACAAGGGUGAUCGGCCACUGUUUGAGUUUACGUGCUUUCCUUUACUAUCUUUUCUGCACCGAAACGCUGGGUAUAGUAUGCGAUUAUAGUGAAAAAAAAUUUUUAAACCUCUGCUGCUCAAUUAUGCAAUUGAGAAAUUUAGAAAUAGCCGUAUUACGUUCACGGUAAAAUAUAGGCGUGCCACAUAUCCUGUAAGCAGCGCUGCUCGCACCCCUGUUUAAAAUGUGUGUGGGAAUGACGAGCUGAAUAAUCAUAUUACAGACGCGUUUAUCUAGCUUCUGUCCCCACACGACCUUAAUAGCUUUUUUAAAAUGAUUAUAUACUUUAGACGGACGGAAACCGAGUGCCAGUGUUCUCUGCCUGAGCAUUUACAUUUGUAUUUUCCAAAUACCAUAUUUUAUUGAACUCUCCCCUGUUAUUAGUACUGCAGCUGUGUGUGAUUAUGUAAUUAUAGUUUUUAGUUGGACGAAGAAAAGAAGAGAUACAAAUACUUCAUAAAAAAUAUUUCGAUUUCUUGCCAAAACAUGUUCAGGUGAAUCUUGAAUGGCUGAUUUAGCUCAGAGAUGCUAAUAUCAUAUUCUCAGAUCGCAUUAAGAUAAAAAAUCCUUAAAACAAAAAUCAGGAUAAUCAUAUAACCCCUAUUAUGUAAUUUUAUAUAUGUGUAUAUAUGCCCAUAUGCGUACACUAUGUAGUGUGUGACAGUGUGAUGUACACAUAUAAUAAUUUAAAAAGAUUUUGAGUAGAAUAGUUUUUUAUAGAUGAAGAUCUAAUAUUACUGAUUGGAAUCCUGAUAAAGUAUGCGCGUGUUCUCGUUCUUUUUUGAAGAACCAUGCUUUUCAUAUAAGGUGUAUUGACUCACUAAGAUCCCAGAAAGAGAUGCGAUGUUAUUUUUUGUAUAUCUAAUUUACCCUUGUUGCCUGUUAAGUUACCCCAAUGUGGUGCAAAGCAAAAGAGACACAGGCUUUGUGUCCAAGCAGGGGGCUGUAAGCCCAGCAGAGUAAAAAAUUACUGUUGUCAAUACUUCUGCUCAUAUUAAGCAGAGGGAAACGCUGCUAAUUAAAUGGUCAAUGGUGAUUUGUCCAUCGGCAUAUACAUCCGGGACAUGGCAGGGGUUACACGGAUUAGUUCUGAGCAGCAAAGUAAAAGGCAGUUGUAUGAACGCAAACUCCAGCAUGUCUAAAGCUGGGACAUAGGCUUCAUUAUUCUAAUGUGCUUAAUAUUGUUACCGAUCGAUUACUGUCUAGACAAUACGAUUCUUACUGCGAUAUUAAAAUAAAUGUCACAACAGAAGCUAAGUAUUGUGGGAACAAGCCACCAAUCAUAAUGUAUGUUUUCAAAAUAUAAGGAAAAGUGGAAUUUUGUAUGUUUGGAUUAGCUUUUCCAGAAAAAGGAUUAACAAUCGAAGGAACUUCUUAUCCUUUCCACAAGUUACCUGGUUUAUUCAGUAUUUCUUUUUUUUUUUUUGCUGUUACCAAAGUAGAAAUGUUAAUUAGGAAAUUUAUGCAUUAUGGAGAGUGACAUCACCCCUCACAGUUGAGAUAAGCUCGCUUAGGUUCCUGGCACAGAAAGCCGGGGCAUCUGUACUGAAAACUAAUUUUCUCUUUUUGAAAAUCGGCCCGAUGUCCCGCUGUGUGUGGGAGCUCCACUAAUAUACCAGUUGCAUUUUUAUUGCUUGGCAAGUGCCGCAAUUCAGGUAACAAACUUCCUAAAAUGACGUGGAGACACUGCAGCCAUUAUCUUUUGCUGGACGCUUCUGGAUUCUUCAAACUGCAGACAAAGGAGGACCCCCCCCCCUCCACUGGAAAUAUCAAAUCAAAUUAUUUGAGCCUUUCUGAAUGCCUCAAAGGAAGAAAUAUCUACCAUGAGUUGUAAUUUGUGAUUGUGCUGGACGUUAUUUUAAUACCUCUUAAAAUAUGCAAAUGGUUAAGAAAGAGUCACCUUCCAGCGGGCCUUAUCCCGAUGAGGACUCUUUGGUCCUUGCAGUGGCCCUGCAAGGGCAAGACAGUGAGCUGAUGGGCCACAAACUGUCCAACGUACCCUUCAAAGCAAAAAGUUCUACCUGCCGCAGGAAAAGGGAGUUCAUCCCUGACGAAAAGAAGGACAACAUCUACUGGGAACGGAGACGGAAGAACAAUGAGGCAGCCAAGCGUUCACGGGAGAAACGGAGGCUCAAUGACAUGGUUCUGGAAAACAAGCUGAUGGCCUUGGGAGAAGAGAAUGCCACUCUCAAAGCCGAGCUGCUCUCCCUGAAGCUGAAAUUUGGGUUGGUCAGCUCCUCUGCAUAUGCCCAAGAGGUGCAGAAGAUCUCCAGCUCAACCACAGCGCUCUACCAAGACUUCAGUACUACUGGCACUAGUCACAGUGCACUCAACAGAGACCUGGAACCCUCUCACCUGGGCAGCAGCUGCAUAUCGGUCAUUAAGCACCCUCCCCUCAGCGUGCUCUCAGACAUCUCUGAGACCUCGCCCUUAACUCACGAUGGCCCCCUGGCAAGCCUGUGUAGGACCCCUGACCUCAUCAAAGAGGAGCCGGUGGAAAAUGGCAACUACUCCAUGGAAGUCAGGGAGCGGAGCAGUCCUUAUGAACUGUACCGCAACUACAUGGCCAGCCCCUUCCCGGGAAACUGCUUCCAGCCCUCGCCCUUCUCGCAAAUGGUUCGGUCAUCCAGCAACUCUCCCCGGACUUCAGAUGGGGAUGACGGGCCAGUGAGCAAAUCCUCAGACGGCGAGGAUGAGCAGCGGGUCCCAAAAGGUCCUGUGCCUUCUGCUGCUGAUCCGAAGAGUGUUAUUAUCUCCACGGUCAAGGUGCCAGACGCCAUCUCUUCUGCCCUGCCCCACAAGCUUCGAAUCAAAGCCAGGGCCAUCCAGAUCAAGGUGGAGGCCAUUGAUCCUGACUACGAUUCCUUUGGGAAGCCAUCCUCUCCUGUCGACAUGUCGGCAAAGGGGUGUUAUCCAGCGGGCAAACAUACCUUGCCCAACUUCCUGCAGUCCUCCCUGAGUCCCUUGUCUCUCCAGGUGACAAAUGUCCAAGAUUGGGCACCCCGGGCUGACCACUGGCAUAAAGACCAUCCAGAGACACUUAAAAAUGGCUGCAAGAACCGCCUCUGCACUAACUCACCUGGCCCCGUAACAGACAAACUUGCUGCCAAUUUCAAAGACGCGGAGUCGAACUUGUAUCUGAAACAGGGCAUUGCUGACUUGUCAGCAGAGGUGGCGUCCCUGAAGCGGCUGAUCACCGCGCAGCAGCAGUCUUCGGCGGGAUCCAUCAAAAGCACUACUGAUUAUGACUCACCAUCAAAAGGAUGUCACUCGAAAUGAGCCCCUCGUGUUUGCACAACAGUUGUUUUCCCACUGCUUGUUAUUGCACUGUACCUUUAACAUGGUGUCAAACUCGACGCGGAUUAUUUAAAUGAAUAUGUGCUGUGCGCUUAUUGUUGUGGUGAGCGUGUCCUCUUGAUUGGCCCCAUCUGUACUCCAGCAAGUGUCAGGCCAUCCUGGAAAAUUCAGUGUAAACUUUUCUUCAUUUUUUAUUGUAAAUCAUCAAGUUUUUUUUUUCAUUUACAGUAAAUGUAUGUAAGCACUGAUUUUUUUUACUGUUUGGCAUGUUAAGAAUGGUUGUUUUUGUUCUUACAUCACUUAAAUGUGAAAGUAAACUCAAAUGGUGUAACAUG